GAAAUCCUGGGGGGUGAGGAAGGGGCCCCAAAGGGGAAGCCCGGUGCCCUUUCCCCUGUCCCCCUCUGGGCACUGCCCCUGCCCUGCAUGGCCCUGAGGGGUGGGCUCCAGCCACUGCACCCUCCUGCCCCCAUGGCUGGCCUUGGGGCUGCAGGUGGGGAGACAGUCCCCCAUGCAUUGCAGAGCACAUGGAGGCAAGCAAACAACGCCACUCCCCCAAACCGAAAAUUCCUCAUCUGGAGACAGACAGGCAGGAGGAGCCUGGGAACGCCUGGCCCUGACCUUGGCUUCUGCCUGAGGGUGGGACUCCCCACUGCGCUGGCCUGGAGGCGGCACUGCCUGGGGGACCCUCCCCUCCCUGGUGCCUGCAGCUCACCAAGCGUCCGCUUCAGUUAUCAGGGUCGAUGUCCACCCCAACUUUGCCCCAUUUCCCUAGCUGGAAGGCCACUGGGAGCAUUGCCCUGCAUCAGAGAUGGGGUGCACCCCCUGGGGGCCCCCUUCCUGGCAGCCCUUGGGGUGGGGUGGCCCAGGCAGCUCCCCCAGUGGGCGGGACAGGGGUGGGUAGGGGUGGGGCUGGAGCCUGAGCUGCUGGCUGCUCCUGCCAGCUGUGGAGAGUGCAAGGCCAGACCGUAGCCCCAGGGCCCCCAAGCCAGCUCCCCAUGAGCCACAGCGCCCCUGAGCCCCCGCUCAAGUUCGUGCAGGGCAAAGAUGAGAUAACUGACACAGGACUGAGGAAGGAGCCUGGGAUCCCCAGAACCUGGGUUUCCCAGAACCCCAGACACCCGGGACCACGGCGACAGGAGUUGGGGGACCAGGAAAGGGUGGUGAGAGGGGACGAGUAUGACGGUGUGGACAGGGUGGAGAUGAGCUGUGGGCAUGCAGUGGACCCAGAGAACCUGAAGCUCUGGUGCCUCCAGCUGAUAAAACAGGGCAAGUACACACUCCACUGCCCCGCGGAAGUCAAGGGGAAGAAGUGUGGGGCCCAGUGGCUCUACCCGGAGGUACGCCGCUGCACCCAGCUGAGCGACUCUGAGCAGCAGGAGUUCGAGCAAGGACUUGCCCAGGCUGCAAUGAGACGCUACUGCAACCUGAAAGUGUGCCCAGGCUGCAGGAGCCUCGUGGAGCGGAAGGAUCCAGCCGAGCUUCGGGUGCAUUGCACAGUCUGUUGCACCAUACGGGGUGUGCCCUACGACUUCUGCUGGCAGUGCAUGCAGGCCUGGAAAGGGCCUAUGUUAUCUUCGAACCGCUGUGGCAAUGAGGACUGCAGGGACCCGAUCCUGCACAUCCUCGCCACCUGUGCCACCAAGGACCUCCCAGACAGCUCGAUCCAAGGUUGCCCUUCCAUCCGGGCCUGCCCUGAGUGCGGGCUGCUCAUCGAGCACAAGGAGCGCUGCAAGUACGUGACGUGCUCCCGGUGCGACACGAAGUUCUGCUUCGCCUGCCUGGAGACGGCUCAAGCCUGCGAGGCUGCCAAGCCAGCCAGCUGGUUUAAGCGGUGCGCCAAGCCCCUGGCCCCACGGCAAAGCCACGUUCCUGUGUGGAGCCCGUACCAACAGAGAUUGCUGUUGCAAGGCCAGCCUCUUGAGUUGGAAGCCUUUCGACCGAGAGCUGUUUUUGCCCAGCAGCCGGCGGCGAACGAGGGGAGAUGUUUGAUUUUAUGAAUAGCAUAAAGCAGGCUCUACUCGGUGCUCCCACCUCCGCCUUUCCUGCCUCAGCCUGAAACGUCCUUCCCCUGCCUUGUGUCACCAGCCCUUUCAGAAACAGAGCUGCUGUGAGGAGUU